AUGAAUUUAACUGAACCAAGCUUGUCCCGGGGGGCUCUGCUGCAUCCUGCCCAGGUAUCACUUGUGAGCCCGUCGUGGGCCUCGAGGACCCCAAGUCCUGCUUCUGAUCUCGAAAUGGGUUUCGAGCAGAACAUAUCCAGAGACUGUAGCUCUCCUAAUGAUAAUGGCACCAGAAGAGCAGAACCCAGGGGCUUUCCCACGGAAGGUGGCCGGAGUCCAGAUAUGGUGGGAUGCUCAGGUAAUGGUAAAGGCUUGGGGGGUGAGCAAAGGAUCCGAAGGCCCAUGAACGCUUUCAUGGUGUGGGCAAAAGAUGAGAGGAAACGACUCGCCUUGCAGAACCCAGACCUUCAUAACGCCGUGCUCAGUAAGAUGCUCGGUCAGUCAUGGAAGGCGUUAAAUUCAACAGAGAAGCGUCCUUUUGUUGAGGAAGCAGAACGUCUGCGCCUUCAGCACCUCCAGGAUCAUCCAAACUACAAGUACCGCCCCCGCCGUAAAAAGACCACGAAGAAACUUAAGCGUGUGGAGCCGGGGCUUUUGCUUCACAGCCUAGCCCAAAGUCAUGGCAUGGGUCCCGCUAUCAUCCCAAUGAGUGGAGAAAGCGGCCAUGGAACCUCUCCUUAUGGACAUGCGCCUCACCACCACCACUCCCACAACCUGCUGGGCCACUUCAGGGACCUCCAGGCACACGGACACCAAGACCUAGAGAGCUACGGCCUGCCUACGCCUGAGAUGUCUCCUCUGGAUGUUCUGGAAAAUGGUGUUGGUGAAUCAGUUUUCUUCCCCCAGCAUGCACAGGAAGAUGCAGGAAUGGGGGGCUGGAAUAGCUAUCACCACCCUCACCACCAUAACCCGCAUUACAGCCAUCCCUAUGGCAACCACCACAACCCUAUGCAUAGUGUCCCACCGAGCCAUAGUCCUGGAGGGAACACUUUGAGUGGAGGCCGGAAUCCGAGAAUGGCAUCGGUUGAAUCGAACAGUACUCGGAUGAAUACAGCACAAACAUCAGGCCGCCAUAUUGCCUUGAGGAGUCCUAUGAAAUGUCCCCCACUUCCACAUGACUCAGUGUCCUAUCCUCAGUCCUCACUCAGCCUCCAUGAGACUGUCAAACCCCAUCAAGGCUCCCUUCCUGCCAGCUACUAUGGCCAAAUGUACAGCAAUACAGCCCCCAAUUUCACCCCGGCUCAUUUGGGCCAACUUUCUCCUCCUCCUGAGACCUCGCCCACUUCUUGUUCAUCCUUCCUCCCUCAUGUUCAUAUAGCAGACCCAUCCAAUUCGGAGUCAACAAGUCAUUUGGGGUCUUCUUCCGCUGAAUUCUGGUCUGAGGUGGACAGGCAUGAAAUGGACCAGUACGUGAAUACCGCAAGAAACCGAGAAGAUGUCUAUGGACAUGGUGGGGUCGGGUCCAAGGUCCUGGUCUGGCGGGGUAACGCUGAUCGAGAUGGCGGGAGUGAGGAAGGAGUCAGUCCUCUUAUAUCUGCGCUUUCUGAUGCUAGCAGUGCUGUCUAUUAUAGUGCUUGUAUCACUGGUUAA